GCAUUGUUAAACGUAGUGGCACCAUUAUUAAAUCCAGAAGAAUAUGUACAUAUAGAUCCAUCAAAGAAACUUUUAUUUACUAUUUGGGUUUUGGCCAAGCAAGAAAGCUUUUUAGCGACUGGUGAUAGAUUUGGUUUGGCGAAGUCCAGCGGUCAUAACAUCUUCAAAAGUAUAAUAUCCAUUUUAUCAGACUUGAUGCCUGUCUAUGUCAAAUGGCCAAAUGCCAACGAAUGCCAAAUAUCCAGCAAUAUUUUUGAGAAUCGUUCGCGAGGUUUUGAAGGAGUUAUUGGAGCUAUCGAUGGCUGUCACAUUCCAUGUAAACAACCAUUCAGGAAUCCGCACGAUUAUUAUAAUCGUAAAGGGUUCCAUUCCAUUAUUUUGCAAGGAACAUGCGAUCAUAGAGGGAAAUUUAUAGAUUGCUUUAUUGGU